ACCGAUUGGAUAAGGCAGAAAUAUUUAUCGUGGUCCUUCGCUGAGGUCAGUUGAUUUGACUUCAUCGCCUGACCCCAGGAAGUCCUGAACUAGUCCAUCACUUGAUAUUGAUAAGGAUCGUCCUUCCGAUGUUACUUCCUGAUUAUUUCCAAGUCCUUUAAAGUUACGUUUGACCACGUGUUUUUUCUAAGAUAGCCUUUUGAAAAAAUUAUCAAGAAUUACAAAACAUUUCAUUUUUAGAACUUUGAUGAUAAAAUAUCAUUUAAUUCACUUUGAGAUACUUACUGUUAAAAUGAAAAGUAUAGUUUCUUACUUUUUAUAACAAGUUCUAUUUAAACUCUGAGAAAGAACAAUUUUUUGGAACAAGAAGUAAAUAUUUUUAAAAUAAUGCAGCAACAAAGCAAUGACAAUAACAUCAGACAGUUUAGUUAUGAAUUAUUUUGUAUUAUGUUAAAAGCAUCUGAACCAAGCACCUAAUAGUCAAGAAGUAUUUUCAAGAACUGAGUAUCAUAAUUGCUGACGCAUUCCACGAAUAAAAUGCUUUACAGUGAUAGUUCUGCUUACACCGAAGCGCUGAGAAAAAACGCUUGGAAUCCAGCUACGGCUUCGUCACCUACAUAUGAAGCGGCAGCUUCUGUGACCGCUGGUUUUGCUAGUCACUUAUCGGCAAAAGCCUCAGAAUCUCAGUCACAAGUAACUGAUCCAUAUCAAUUAUUGAGUGCUGCAAGUAGUAGGUUAGCAUCACAAGGAAGUGGGCAGAUUCAGCUUUGGCAAUUUCUCCUUGAGCUUUUAUCAGACAGCACCAAUUCUAGUUGUAUUACAUGGGAAGGAACAAAUGGAGAAUUCAAGCUAACAGACCCAGAUGAAGUAGCCAGGCGAUGGGGCGAGAGAAAAAGUAAACCAAAUAUGAACUACGACAAACUUAGCAGAGCACUUCGAUAUUAUUACGAUAAAAACAUCAUGACCAAAGUUCAUGGCAAGCGCUAUGCAUACAAAUUUGAUUUCCAUGGCCUUGCCCAAGCUUGUCAACCAGGCGGUAAUGAUCCAACAACAUAUAAAUUCCAAUCUGAUUUUUUCUUGCCAGCAUAUCACGCACCAAAAUUAAAUUAUCUGACGCCAAGACCAAGCUCUAUUCCAGCGACUUCCCAAGGGGCUCUGUUUAACCCGGCUAUGUCCAGUUCAUAUUGGUCUGGUCCAUCUCCAGCUUGUAAUUUGUACCCAAACAUACCUGGCCACUCACUGUCUCAUCAUGCCCACAGAACGAAUGGACUGGGAGCUUAUUAUUAAAUGAAGUCAAGAUAUGAAAUGAAACUUGUGCGCUGUGAACUGUUCUAAACACGGAACAUUUACUCUUUCAUUCCGGUUCAGUUUGCAUUAAUUUUCUUUCUCCAGUGAAAAUGAAUUCAAAUUUAAUUGCAUUUACAACAUUUUCGACCUAAAAAUCUAAUUUUAUCAUUUAGGUAUGAUGAAAACUGGAAAAAAAAUGAUGAAUUAACUCUUAAUGUCACUCAAGUUGGAGUAAAACUUAACCAUAAACUAUGAUGUGUACGUCAGUUUGGUACACACGAUUCUAGUCAAAAUAAGAAAAGCAGGUAAACCUGUGAUCUGUGAUUUGAUUAAUGUUUGCAUCCACAUCCCAGUGAUUUCACUUAUUUAAAUUUUAUUCAAACACUAUUUCAAUUAUUUUUGUCCUUCAAUUCAAGGAAUGUGUAAGAAAAUGUAAGCUUAAAGGAAAUAAAUUUCAGAGCUGAUAUUAUAUUCAUGAUGUAAAUAUAAGA